AUGUUAUUUAAAAGAAAAGCGCAUCAUCCUAAUUGCACAUUUGUAUUUAAAAAUAUAAAUAUCAACAUUAAAACAAAGCAUUCAUGUUUACAAGAUUUUGUUGUUUGUCUUGGUGAAGUGAUACCACCACAAGUUUCUUUAACAGAUAAAACAGCAAUUGGAAAAACAUUACAACAUUUACAAAUUCUAUUAAAUUUACAACAACGUGAAAGAAUUAUAUGA